AUUUAUAUAGUCGAUUACGGCUGGAGCUGUUUCAGUAAAACCCGUAAUUUAUUUCCUUUCUUAAAAACAAAAAAACAAAAACAAAUCACCACUUCUCAUUCUCUGAUUGGGCAGUGCCCUUUGAAAAACAAAAAAUAAAAAUCAUAAAUUUUGCAUCAUGUAUAAAUUUCCAAUCCCAUAGACCAGGAAAGCACAUAAUAAAGCCUCUCUCUCCCGUCGUAGGAUCAUCAAAAGGACCCCAAAACAUAUAUUUUCCACCGUCGUUUUGGGAUGGAGGGUAGCAAUAGGGAGCCGUUAGUAGCGGAGGGAAUAAAGAGCAGGAAAUUCAUGCGGUGCGUUUCGCACGCGCAGGACGAGCUCCAGAGCUUCCGAUCGUAUCUACGGUGGAUGUGCGUGGAUCAAUCAACCAUCUGGACGGCCAGCCUUUCGUGGUCGGUAUUCGUUCUCUUCACGAUUGUGGUUCCUGGCAUUUCCCAUUUUGUCCUCGCUUGUUCCACCUGCGAUAGCAAGCACGAUAGGCCAUACGACAGCGUCGUUCAGCUCUCGUUGAGCAGCGUCGCCACUCUGUCGUUUGUGUGUCUCUCUAAUUUUUAUAGGAAGUAUGGACUUCGAAGGUUCUUGUUCUUUGAUAAGCUUUGGAAUGAUAGUGAGACCGUUCGCAGAGGAUACACAUCACAACUCGAUAGAUCACUAACGAUUCUUGGCAUAUUUGUAUUACCGUGCUUGGUAGCAGAGACUGGAUACAAGAUAUGGUGGUACACCUCAGGAUCUUCACAAAUCCCAUUCCUCGGUGAUGUUGUGGUGAGUGAUACCGUGGCAUGCAUAAUGGAGGUCUUCUCCUGGUUCUAUAGAACCACGGUCAUCUUCCUCGUCUGCGUUCUCUUCCGCCUCAUAUGCCAUCUCCAAAUCCUACGUAUUCAAGACUUUGCUACUCUUUUCCAUGUUGAUUCUGAUGUGGGCUCUGUUCUCUCUGAGCAUCUCCGAAUCCGAAAGCAUCUCAGGAUCAUAAGCCACCGUUUCCGAGUCUUCAUUUUGAUGGCCUUGAUCUUGGUUACCGGUAGCCAAUUCGCGUCACUUCUAAUCACCACCAAAGCCAAAUCCGAGCUUAAUAUUUUCAGAGCUGGUGAACUUGCUUUGUGCUCCAUGACUCUGGUUACAGCAGUCCUCAUACUACUGCGUAGUGCAACCAAGAUCACACACAAGGCACAGGCAGUUACAUGCCUUGCUGCCAAGUGGCAUGUCUGCGCCACAUUGGAUAACUUUGAAGCUGACACUCCUAUUUCUCAGGCAGCUGCCGCUGCUGCCCGUGAUGUGUUUAAUGCUGCUGCAGCAGCAGCUGCAGCAGAUGAUCAAUCCGAUGGUACUGAGGAUGAAGCUGAAGGCGAAGAAGAUGAGUUGGACAAUAGCAAAUUGAUACCAGCAUAUGCUUAUAGUACAAUUUCAUUUCAAAAGAGACAAGCUCUUGUCACAUACUUUGAGAACAAUAGAGCAGGUGUUACAGUAUUUGGAUUCACAUUGGACAGAACAACUUUACAUAGCAUAUUUGGAGUUGAACUUGCUUUGGUUCUAUGGUUACUUGGAAAGACCAUUAAUGCAUUGUAGAAAACUGAAUAAAAAGUCUUACACGCAUAUCCUCACCAAUAUAUUUGUAUUCUCCAAUUAUGGUGCCGUGAAAGGAACAAAAGGGGUUUUGAGGUUAGCCACUUUCGAUUAUGAUUGCUAGCACGAUUGGACAUAGAAGAAAGAUCCCUUUUGGUUAAGUGUUCGUAGAGCUUUUCGAUCUAUUGGUGCAGCACAGCUUAAAUAAAUGUCGUUUUCUGAGUCCCCUUAUGCUCUAUCACUUAUAAAGUCGUUUUUUCUUUCUUUUCGUCUUUAUGUCUAUCCUCCCUUGUAUUAGUUAUAACUCUUUCCUGCAUACUGUAAUAUUUUUUAAUUGGUAAAUACCAAUUUCUCCCCAACGUUUCGCCUCAA